AUGGCGCGUACAAAACAUACAGCAAGAAAAUCAACUGGUGCCAAGGUACCACGUAAACAUCUUUCAUCAAAGUCUGCAUUGACCAAUAUGGGUGGUGCACCAGGUAUCAAAAAGACUCAUCGUUAUCGUCCCGGUACUGUCGCAUUGAGAGAGAUUCGUCGUUACCAAAAGAGCAGUGAGUUGCUCAUCAAAAAGCUACCAUUCCAACGUCUUGUUAGAGAGAUUGCUCAAGAGUUCAAGUCUGACCUUCGUUUCCAAUCGGCUGCCAUUCAAGCCCUCCAAGAAGCUUCAGAGUCCUAUUUGGUCGGUCUCUUUGAAGAUACCAACUUGUGUGCCAUCCAUGCUAAACGUGUAACCAUCAUGACAAAAGAUAUCAGUCUUGCUAGAAGAAUUCGUGGUGAAAGAACUUAA